UGCUUCGUGUCCGUCGAUCUACUACCAACCCCCGUUAGGAUAGAGUUCUAGUGCUCCGUCCAUCUGCAGUAACGAAUCGGCGCGUGAGAUGCCACUAUCAUGAUGAAUUUCCAGCCAAAUCGCGUUCAUGAACUUUGUACAGACUCGACUUUUCAGUGUACCAUCGGCGUUCCUGCGGACAUCGUUGUUUGCAACGAGCACAUAUUCCUCAGGGUUCCCAACUCUUCACAUUCAAUGCAGUUUGCGUUCGAUUCCUAGAAUCGAUGAGCCUACUUAAGAGGAAUUACGUCACAGCACUCCAGUGUGGUUCAUUUCGAAUUUGCAGUGGAAGGCCUCGUCCUUGCAUUCUAGGCAACCCAGCGUGCAGAUAUCCGAGUCCUCGAGAAAUUAGUUCAGCAUUUCUUCUCGGCCAUGUUGCAUUUCGUGCUUGCCAUCGGCAUCGCAGUCUGUGUCGUCAUCCUGCUCCUGCGCCUGCAUCGAGGGCAUAAUCUGAAAUAUCCUUAUCCACCCGGUCCUAGAGGGGAUCCGCUGUUAGGGAAUGUUAGGGAGAUGGAGACUGAAUAUUCUUGGCUCUACUACAAGAGGCUGACGGAAAAAUAUGGCGACGUCAUACACCUAUGUGCUUUGGGACAACAUAUGAUCAUUCUAAACUCUCAUAAAGCCAUUCAUGACGUUCUCACCAAGAAUUCACUGCUGUUUGUGAACCGUCCACGCUUACCCAUGGCUGGUGAACUAUUAGGAUGGGAAAAUGGCCUCGUCUUCAGUUCUGGCCAUCGAUUUAAUGCCAUGCGCAAAUUUGCCAACCACUACCUGGGAAAGGCAGCCGUGAGAAAGCAGUUCCUGCCGAUCAUCGAAAACGCCGUCCACGGCCUACUCAAAAAAUCUUGGGAGUCUCCGGAGGAAUUCACAAAAAUCGUCAAGAGCGCGAUCCUUAAGAUUGUCCUCAGCACCUUGUAUGGCAUCGAUGCAGACUCUAGUGCAGAUGAUUAUCUUACAUUGAUUAGCGACGCUGCCGUCAUCUUUGGGCGGGCUACUCAACCGGGAGCAUUUCUCGUGGAUACAUUCCCAAUACUGAAGUACGUCCCUUCCUGGUUUCCGUUCGCUGGUUUUAAACGUCAGGCGAAAACAUGGGCCAAGGUGGUUCGAAACUCUGUUGAGCUUCCCUUCCAGAAAGUAGAGUGUGAUCUUGCUGCAGGCAUAGACAAUCAUUCAUUCAGUGCCACCAUCCUGCAAAAAUCUGAAGGUAAUGUUGAUCGUAACAUCUUAAAGUGGCUUUCUGGCUCGCUUCUGGCAGGAUCUACCGAUAUUACUUCCGCUACGGUCUGCACGUUCCUGCUCGCGAUGGUGCUGAGACCAGAAGUCCAACGAAAAGCUCAACGAGAAAUUGACUCCAUAAUUGGAACUGAUCGACUCCCCACCCUAUCUGAUCGAGAGAGGUUACCGUAUGUGGAAGCUGUCUUCAAGGAAACAUUACGGUGGCAGCCAAUCGUUCCGCUUGCUGUACCCUAUCUGUCAGGAGCGGACUUCGUAUGUAAAGGAUAUUUGAUUCCAAAGGUUUCUUACUGGGGGAUCUUCAUCACUCAAGUUUCCAGGCUCACCAGCCGGGAUGACACUAUUUAUCCUAACCCAGAGGAGUUCAUACCAGAGCGAUUCCUCGGGGACCUAUGCCCUGACGCCUAUACCGCCCAUAUGUCAGCUGCGUUGGAUCCUAUGACAUUUGCAUUCGGAUAUGGCAGGAGACUGUGCCCAGGAUUUCAUUUUUCCGAUGUGCUGGUCUGGCUCACGAUCGUCAGCAUUUUUGCGACCACAAACAUUGAACGACUGAAAGAUGUCAAUGGGCACGAUAUCAUCCCAGAAGCAAAGUAUACAGGAGGAAUGGCAAGGGAGCCUUUGCCGUUCCCGUAUACUCUCAAGCCACGAUCUACAACGGCACAAAUUCUGGUGGCAGGAAUCUCUGAUUUGCUGCCGUGAGCCGGUAUUUCUCUCAGUCCUAGUUUUUGUGUCGUGGCGUCCGUGCGGAGAAUUAUGACAGACUGGUUUCUUCUGUGGACAUCGUGAAUCCGACUACCUUUUCCCGAGUUUCAGAUCUCGUGCAACCCAUUUUUAGCUACUGAAAACAUUCCAACUUGAUGCCGUGACUCCCCAGGGCUGGGACCCGCCUCCAUCAUAAUCUUGAAUCCAUCGAUAAGCCUAUCAUGUAGUCUGACCGUCAGCGUCACCAGCUUAAGAAUCCGCAUUCCACCGAGGUCCCAACACAUUCAUUAAUCGUGCGUCACUAUCGAUAGCACCAUACACUGGAUACUUAGUCCGCCUCACCACAUGAAAAAGGGUCACACUCGCUCCAUUCACAUCGAAUGUUUAAGGCGGGUGCUAAUGAACACGCCAAGUUCGGAGAUGGGUCAUUCGAUGGCAAUAUAAAUUAUCA